CUCCCUCCCCGUCGAGAUCGCCUCCGGCUCCGUCCACACUCGCCAGCUCCAGAUCUCCAAACCCUGACCCCCCCGCAUGCCAUCGCACUAGCCCGCCCCUCCCCCCAUGGCGCCGCGUCUCCUGCUCCUCGCCCUCGUCGCGGCGGCCGUGGCCGUGCCGCCGGCGAGCGCCGCGGUGGCGAGCAUCGACCUGGGCUCCGAGUGGCUCAAGGUGGCCGCCGUGCACCUCGCCCCGGGCCGCGCGCCGAUCGCCGUCGCCAUCAACGAGAUGUCCAAGCGCAAGUCCCCCGCGCUCGCCGCGCUCGCCGACGGCAACCGCCUCGCCGGCGAGGAGGCGGCCGGCAUCACCGCGCGCCACCCGGCCAAGGUCUUCUCCCGCAUGCGCGACCUCCUCGCCAAGCCCUUCCCCUACGCGCGGGCCCUCGCCGACUCGCUCUUCCUCCCCUACGACCUCGUCCAGGACGCGCGCGGCGCCGCCGCGGUGCGCGCCGACGACGGCCAGGUCUACACCGUCGAGGAGAUCGUCGCCAUGGUGCUCCACUACGCCUCCGGGAUCGCCGACGCCCACGUCGGCCUGCCCGUGCGGGACGCCGUCGUCGCCGUGCCGCCCUACUUCGGCCAGGCCGAGCGCCGGGCCCUCACGCAGGCGGCCCAGCUCGCCGGCUUCAACGUCCUCGCGCUCGUCAACGAGCACGCCGGCGCCGCGCUGCAGUACGGGAUCGACAAGGACUUCUCCAACGAGUCGCGCCAUGUCAUCUUUUACGACAUGGGCUCAGGCAGCACCUACGCCGCGCUCGUCUACUACUCGUCCUACAGCGCCAAGGAGUUCGGGAAGACGGUGUCUGUCAACCAGUUCCAGGUUAAGGAUGUCAGAUGGAACUCCAAACUUGGAGGCCUUGAAAUGGAAAUGCGUCUGGUAAACUAUUUUGCCGAUCAAUUUAACAAGCAGCUUGGCAAUGGGGAUGACAUCCGUCAGUCUCCUAAAGCAAUGGCUAAGUUGAAGAAGCAGGUCAAGCGCACCAAAGAAAUUCUGAGCGCAAAUACUGCUGCUCCGAUCUCAGUUGAAUCUCUAUAUAAUGAUAUCGAUUUCAGGAGCACCAUAACACGUGAAAAAUUUGAAGAGCUCUGUGCAGAUUUAUGGGAGCAGGCUCUGACUCCAAUCAAAGAUGUGCUCACGCAUUCAGGCAUGAAAAUUGGUGACAUAUAUGCUGUAGAGCUAAUUGGAGGAGCUACCAGGGUACCAAAACUGCAGUCUAAGCUGCAGGAAUUCCUGGGACGGAGUGAGCUAGAUAAGCACCUUGAUGCUGAUGAAGCAAUUGUUCUUGGUGCCUCACUGCAUGCUGCUAAUCUAAGUGAUGGGAUUAAGUUGAACCGCAAAUUGGGGAUGAUUGACGGUUCUACUUAUGGUUUCGUGUUUGAAAUAGAUGGUCCAGAUUAUGUCAAAGAUGAAAGUACUGAUCAAGUACUGGUUCCAAGGAUGAAAAAGAUGCCAAUAAAGUUGUUCAGGUCCAUUAGACAUACUAAGGACUUUGAUGUCUCUCUCAGCUAUGACAAAGCUUCUGAAUUGCCCCCAGGUGUUUCAUCGCACAAGUUUGCAGAGUAUGCCAUAUCAGGCCUGACAGAAACCAGUGAAAAGUAUGGAAGCCGCAAUUUAUCUGCACCCAUCAAAGCAAAUCUACAUUUUUCUUUGAGUAGAAGUGGAAUUAUUUCUCUUGAUAGGGCAGAAGCAGUGAUUGAGAUAACUGAAUGGGUUGAAGUUCCAAAGAAGAACGUAACACUAGAGACUAAUACCACCGAUGAGACUUUGUCUGCUGAAUCAGGAACAACUGAUAGUAAGGAGAAUUCUAGCUCAGGAAGUGAUGCUGAUAAUUCGAGCACUACCAAUGAUGAGAGCAAUGUGCAAGAUACUAUUACAGAGAAGGUGCUGAAGAAAAGAACCUUCAGGGUUCCAUUGAAGGUCACUGAAAAAACAGCUGGUCCUGCAUCAACCCUUUCAAAGGAACUGUAUUCUGAGGCAAAAAGUAGGUUAGAUGUACUUAAUAAGAAGGAUGCUGAGCGGAGGAGAACUGCUGAACUGAAAAAUAACCUUGAGUCUUACAUAUACUCUAUGAAGGAAAAGUUGGAGGAAAGCACAGAUAUGUUGGCCGUCUCAACUGAACAGGAGAGGGAAUCUUUUACAGCGAAACUCAGUGAGGUGCAGGAUUGGCUCUAUAUGGAUGGUGAAGAGGCUCAAGCAAACGAAUUUCAAGAGCGCCUUGAUCAGCUUAAGGCCAUGGGCGACCCAAUUCUUUUCAGAAUGAGUGAGUUAAAAGCCCGACCAGCAGCUUGCGGAAGUGCUCGAUUGUAUCUUACUGAGCUACAAAAGAUUGUUAAGAACUGGGAUACAAGCAAACCAUGGCUUCCAAAAAAGAGAGUAGAUGAGGUCGUAAGUGAAGCAGAUAAACUGAAAACUUGGUUGGAGGAGAAGGAAGCCCUACAGAAGAGCACCCCUGUCCACAGCUCGCCUGCUUUCACAUCUGAAGAGGUCUACCAGAAAGUUUUAGCCCUACAAAAUAAGGUCUCUAGCGUCAAUAGGAUCCCAAAACCGAAACCCAAGGUUGAGAAGAAACCCGCAAAGGAGGAAGCUAACAAGGAGAAGACGGACUCUUCAGAAUCUGCAUCCAGCGAGUCUGAAUCCACGGAGAAGCCGUCGGAAUCAGAUGCCCCUGAGAAGAAUAACGAUUCGGAACCAGAAUCCCAUGACGAGUUGUGAUUAUUAGAAUCGGCUUUUGAACACCCCUGAGAGAUACUACUCAAAAUAUACUCCGAGAAGAUAGCUUGUCACCACCACAGUUUUGUUUGGCGGCCGAAAAGACAGAGAGGUUUGUGUAGGAAUUCACGGCAGGCUAGAUGCUAUACGAGCGAGAAGAAUUUGAUAUUGAUCGCUGUAUAGCAAUAUUGUGGUCUCUAGGGCAUAUGCUGUCGAGAUAGCGGCUCGAAAGGCUUAGUUGUCAGGACUGAGAAGACUUUGUAGCUGCAUUGUUGUACUGAAACUCAUUUAUAUUUUGAUAACAGCUACUAUAGAGAUUUUAUGCCUGGUAGGGGUUUCAAUGUAUCUGUUUGCUCUUUUAUACUGUCUAUCACGCAGUGCUGUUUAACUUGCAGUUAAAGCAAUAAAGAGCGGAUGUUUUGCUGAAA